AUGGGAAACAAACAGAGCACGAUGAUGGUGCCAGGAGCAGCGGCGGGGGUUUUGAUCAUGAUCCCGGCCGUGUCUGCGGCUUCCAGCUCGGGUUGGAGUGGAUGGGGAGUGGGAUCCACCGGCACCUGGGAGUGGGGGAUAUCGACACUCCGUUCGACAUUGUUCCAGAUCGUGGUGGUGCGCCUCCUGAAGAAGAUGUCGAUCGAUGUCGCUGCGAUAAGGGCCUCUCAUGAAGCAAACCAGCUGAACGCACAGGGACCGGGUGGAAUGGAGUCGGCCCACCCACCCGGUGGGCCCCGUGGGCCCCAAAAUGCUCGGCCCAUCGGUGCGGCCGGGAACGGCAUGCAGGAGGCCGGCGUUCAAGCUCCCGCGCCCGCUGGGCCCCAAAAUGCUGGGUGGUUUACCUGGCUCACCGACCCUAUCGGUGCUGCCUUCAACGGCAUGGGGGGGGGACUACCCGGCAUGGAGGAGACCGCCCCACACGGCACCGAUGCUGCCGUUAGCGACAUGGAGGAAGCCGCGGCACACAGCAUGGAGGAGGCCGCCCUGGACGACAGGGAGGAACCCCAGUAAGAGCAGGGGCGAAGCACGAAGGGUAGUGAGCAAUAGGCUUGUCCGCCAGUGCACCCCAGGAUUACUGUAGAAACUAUCAUUGGGGCGGGGCGAGGGUUGAACAGUGCGAGCAAUAGGCUUGUCAGCCAGAGUACCUGAGGACGAGAAACCAUCAUCAGUUUAGUUUAGGGCGGCGGGGGGAGGGGGUGUCGUGAUGAUGUUAAUAAGUUGCAUGAGCCACCGCAACAAACCAGGGGGCGUAGGGUGCUACGCGAAAUGCCUCGUGCCCCACCCGUCCUCUCUGCCGUUGUCGAUAUUUAUUGUUUAGCCCAAGGUUUUUACCAUUUUCGGUUUCGUCGACAAGUAGAUGCUCUUGUCGAACAGAGUCAGCUCGGAGAAGGUUGACUAUUCGAUUAUAUGCUCAAAAAGCAAAAUGGCCUAUUGCGUGUCGGCGUUGUCUUUAAGCCUUACGUAUGUAAGUUGCUUCUCUUUCCAGCAGUAGGUGGUUACAACCUUCGGAGGAUCAUGUUGCUCUUAAGUGAUACGCAUGGAUCGGUGAUUUUACGACCUUUUAUCUCGUGAUGUGCCGUGUUUGCAGUUUCCGCGUGAUGUGCCGUGUUUGCAGUUUGCGCGUGUGGUGUCCGCGUUGGAUUGAUCCUAUUGACUGU